AAGACUUGACUCCUUACCAACGAUAUAUAUGUUCUGACCACCUUGUACAGAGCUGUUGUGGACAAAACCAACUACAUUGCCUGCUUCUCUCUCUCUCUCUCUUUUUUCUCUACUUGGUUAGGGUUCUUUGAUGAUCCUGGGCCUUCCACUUCUGUAAUGCAUUUAGGUGUUGAAGAUCUAUACGGGUAUUUGAUCUGGGUUGUACUGUUUUUGGUGAUUGAUCUGAUCGUUUUUGCUCUAUUUUGGGGGUUUUCUUGUGAGAAGCAACAACCAUGCCUACUCUCGUCAAUUAUAGUGGAGAUGAUGAAUUCUAUGUUGGGGGAUCUGCUUGCUCUGCAGAUUCAGGCCUUUUUUUAUCUAUUGGUUCCCAUGCAGAUGUUUACUACCCUCCUCGAAAGCGGGCACGCUUCAGUGGCCCGAUUGUUUUGGGAAAGUACUUGUUUGAGGAGGAGAAGAAACCAUCUAUUGAAGUUCUUCCCGAUGAAUGUCUAUUUGAGAUCUUCAGACGUCUCCCAGGAGGCCGGGAGAGGAGUGCCUCUGCUCGUGUGUCCAAGCGUUGGCUUAUGCUCCUAAGUAGUGUACGCAAUUCUGAAAUUUGCAGGAACAAAAGCACCCAUGAAGGAUCAUCAGCUGUAAAUAAAGUCGAUAAGUCUUUGAAUGAUAUUGAAAUGAUUUCAGCUGAUGAAGAUCUGGAAAUAAAGUGUGAUGGGUACCUUACUAGGUCUUUGGAAGGAAAGAAAGCAACAGAUAUCAGACUAGCGGCUAUUGCAGUUGGAACUGCCAGCCGUGGGGGACUUGGCAAGCUUUCAAUCCGGGGAAGCAACUCCACUCGUGGAGUCACCGACCUUGGUCUGUCAGCAAUUGCUCAUGGUUGCCCUUCUCUCAGGGUACUUUCUUUGUGGAAUGUUCCUUAUAUUGGUGAUGAAGGUCUAUUUGAGAUAGCGAGGGAAUGCCCCUUGUUAGAGAAGCUUGACCUCUGCCAAUGUCCUGUCAUUUCUAACAAGGGUUUGAUUGCAAUUGCAGAGAAGUGCCCGAAUUUGACAUCUUUAGCUAUUGAAUCUUGUUCAAAUAUAGGGAAUGACAGCCUGCAAGCCAUAGGACGGUGCUGUCCAAAGCUACAGUCUGUUACUAUCAAAGACUGCUCUCUUGUUGGGGAUCAAGGAGUUGCAUGUCUUUUGUCAUCAGCUUCGUCUAUCUUGACAAAGGUUAAACUUCAGGAAUUGAACAUCACUGAUUUCUCUCUUGCAGUAAUUGGACACUAUGGCAAGGCCAUUACCAAUCUUGUCCUAUGUAAGCUUCAAAAUGUGAGUCAGAAGGGCUUUUGGGUUAUGGGUAAUGCUCGGGGUCUACAAAAACUGGCAUCCUUGACAAUCACUUCAUGUUGGGGAACAACAGAUGUGAGUCUUGAAGCCAUGGGAAAGGGCUGCCCAAACCUGAAGCAGAUGUCCCUCCGGAAAUGUUGUUUUGUGUCUGACAAUGGGCUCGUAGCUUUCGCCAAAGCUGCUGGAUCUCUUGAGAGCCUACAAUUGGAGGAAUGCAACAGGAUCACCCAAUCUGGCAUUCUGGGUGCACUCUCAAACUGUAAUCCGAAGGUAAAGUCACUGGCCCUAGUGAAGUGCAUGGGAAUUAGGGAUCUACCGUUGGAAACAUCUAUGCUAUCGCCUUGCGAGUCUCUUCGAUUUUUGUCCAUCCGGGCGUGCCCAGGUUUUGGUAGUGCUAGCUUGGCUGUGGUGGGGAAGUUGUGUCCUCAGCUACAUAAUCUAGACCUGAGUGGGCUCUGCGGAAUAAGUGAUGAGGGGCUUUUUCCCCUUCUGGAGAGUUGCAAGGCAGGACUUGUUAAGGUGAAUCUCAGUGACUGCUUAAAUUUGACAGACAAAGUGGUUUCUGCCUUGGCUAGGUUGCAUGGUGGCACGCUCGAGUUGCUGAAUCUUGAAGGCUGCAGGAAGAUUACUGAUGCAAGUUUAUUGGCAAUUGCGGACAACUGCGCAUUGCUGAAUGACCUUGAUGUGUCCAAGUGCUCAAUCACUGAUUCUGGGCUGGCUGCUUUGUCCCUCGGAGUGCAGCUAAAUUUGCAGAUCCUUUCCCUCUCUGGCUGUUCUAAGAUAUCCAACAAGAGUAUGCCUUUCCUGGGAAAAUUGGGGAAGACGCUACUGGGGCUUAAUCUCCAACACUGUAAUUCAAUCAGCAGCUACACAGUCGAGCAGCUUGUAGAGAACUUGUGGAGAUGUGACAUCCUCUCUUAAGUUAAGAUGGUGAAGCAAACACCUUUAGGCUCUCGAUCAAAUAGGCAGACAUGAGGUGUUUAGUGCAAAGUCAGCUUAUGCGGAUAGCAAUACACUGAGUAGUAGUUUUUAGCCUAUCAGAGGUUGGGCUUCCCCGUAACUCAGUGGCUCGGUUGUUUUCCAGGGAAUUUUGGCAGAUCACUUUUCCAUCCUUUUUUGCUGGCUUCUAAAAAGCCUGUUGCAACUCUUUUAGUCUCUCCUUGAUGGGAGGCUGCCACUUUCAUUGCCAUAGUUCCCUGAGAAUACAUUUACCCAGUCCUGGUUUUGGGUGUCCACCUGUCCAUUCCGUGUCAUGUUAGGUCCAAGGUCUGGAAGUGAUGGGCGCUAACUCUACAGUACCUUGUGUUUUUAGCUUGGUCACUUGUUGCCUUCAUGAUGUCCUUCAGUAAGCUUUUUCUAUUUUUGGUCUUUACAACGUUCUUUCAUGGUCAGUCUCUGUUAGUUUGUGGUGUUUUUUAAGAGUCUAGAGUGUGUGACACCCUCGUUAAGGGCUAGCUUCUUGUAUAAUUCCUUACCUGAGUUCUGGUUGUGUAGUUGCUUUGGUGAGUUCUGAAGUGUGGGUGACUCUUAUGCUGGGGCUUCGGCUGUGGCUGCUUGUUCAUUUUGGCUGCCAUGACAACCUUGCAUGGUUGUGUUUUCGUUACCAAGUCCUAUUUUUGCAUGUCACUCCUGCUUUUGAAUUGUAACAAUGCAACUACUAUGU